UGCGCGUUGAAGGGGUUAUAACAAAAACAGUAGAGGGAUAAUACAGAUUUGGAGUGAGGGUUGGUGUAGAUCUGGAAAAGCAGAGAUUUUGUGUUUUCAAAACACAGAGAGAGAAAGAGACAGAGAGAGAGAAUCCCAAGGUCCGGAGAUGGAUAUUGAUAAUGGGGGAAUUGAAAAAUAUAGCACCUACAGGAGGCGGCGCAAGCGUUGCAAUUCAGAUAGCCAAGGAGUGUGUAGUUUAUUCGGUUUUUUACAGUCCAUUCAAGAGCCAGAUUUGCGUAACCAAAGAGUUAGGAUGGAAUCACACACUUGCACCAAUUUGACUCAUGACUGCUCAUUCAAGGACUGGCGAAAGGUUGUUCUCGAACAGAUGUAUCAAUCACUUUGCACCGAGACUCAGGGUGCUUUACAGGACUGUAUCCGCGAUGCUCUUGUGUUUAAUCAUCAAACCGGUUGCACUACCUCCAUCAAGGAUCAUGUCGGUGCCACUUCAAAUGGUUCCACAAGUGAAUCAAGUUCCUGUUUAGACGGUGAUAUGUGGAAGCAGGCUUUGUUCAGUGUUUUAGUAUCAACUAAGUUUGCUCAACUCUGUAACUUGCUUUCUGGAAAUUUCCUUGGGAUGAACGUUAGUAGUCUCUUCAACCUCGGUUUAAUUAAUUCAAGAAUCAAUGAGGGGGUGUACAAAAAUUCGCCCAUGCUUUUUCACUCGGAUAUUCAACAGGUAUGGACAAAGCUUCGGAAGGUUGGCACUGAAAUGGUCACACUUGGUAUGAGUCUCUCGGAAGCAUCAAGGGCAUCUUGUCAUAACACGUUUCAUAUGCAAGAAACUAACGGGCUUUCCAAAGUGGGUCAAAGAGAUGGCUGUUGCUCUGGAGCCUGUACAUGCAGGCAUUGUGAAGGCAAAACCGAGGGUAGAGAUUGUCUAGUGUGUGACAACUGUAAGGACAUUUAUCAUGUUUCUUGUAUUGAACCCGUUCAAGAAUCUUCCUGGAAAAUCUGGUGCUGUGCAAAGUGCAGAUCAUGUGGCGUUGGAUCACGCCACGAGUUUUGUGUACUCUGUGAAAGUAUAAAUGCUCCACGAUCUUCCUGUACUGGAGUUGAUGGACUUGCAGCCAGUGGGAAAGAACUGGAGGAAAGCUCUUAUGAUCUAGAGCAAAAUGGGCUCGAAAGUGAUGAGGCAACUUUGCCUUGCUGCAAAAUAUGUAAAAUUGACAUAGGAGUUGAGGACUUUAGGAUAUGUGGUCACCCUUUUUGCCCUAACAAGUAUUACCACACGAGGUGCUUGACAGUUGAGCAGCUGAAUUCAUAUGGUAAUCGUUGGUAUUGCCCUUCUUGCCUAUGCAGAGAAUGUCUAACUGAUCAAGAUGAUGAUAAGAUUGUGUUAUGUGAUGGUUGUGAUCAAGCCUUCCACAUUUACUGCAUGCAACCACCACGCGCGUCAAUCCCCAAGGGAAACUGGUUUUGCACAAACUGCGAUGAAGGGAUACAACGCAUACGCGAGGCAAAGAAGGCAUAUGCAAAUUCUCAAUGUAAAAUGAUAAAGAAAGCUGAAAGGGAAAACGGAGCGUAUGAAAAUGGCCAAGUAGGCGUAAGCAAAGAGAUGGAAGGGGAGGUCGAUACGUCUGGUGGUGUGGACAUGCUUUUAACUGCAGCAAAGACUUUGAACAAUGAAGAUUGAUAUGACUAGUAAGUGUAAAGUGGGAACCGGGGGUUAAGGCUGCUGCCCUUGGUGUUAUGUUGCGGGUUUUUUGAUCCUUUUUUACAGUACCUAUAGCUUCAAGGUGUAGAUUUGUAGAACAUUUACUUGGUCCUGACGCACAGUUUGAUGGCCAGAUUUUAGAUUGGAUUAUGGCACACACUUUGAUGAUCGAUAUUAGGUUGUGUAACUUUAAGAUGUAUAUUUCUUCUUUAACUGUAUGGUGUUGACAUGAUGGGCUGAUAACUUGUUUUAACUCUUAGAAUGUGACCUUGUACUUGCAUUCCUUCCAAGCUACUGGAUGGAAACCUCAAACCUGUAUCUUAAGUGUAUUAUUAGUCUCUGUUGUCCAUUUGUCAUGUAAUCCUAAUAUAUGAGUUGAUGAUUUUACUUAUAA